AUGCCAAAACUCAAACUCACAGUUAUUCAUGCUCGGGAUUUAGAUGCCAAAGAUAUGGGUGGCACUUCAGACCCAUUUGUCAAAAUUAAAAUUGGCACUCUUCAAGUUAAAACUGAAAUUGUCAAGAAGAAUUGUAACCCAGAUUGGAAUGCUGUUUUUAAUUUGGAUUUGCCAGCAAAAUUUGAUCCAGAAUUUGAAAGUAUUUACUUUGAUGUUUAUGAUUAUGAUAGAUUUUCAUCAAAUGAUUUGAUUGGAAAGACAUCUGCUCGAUUGGACAACUUGGAAAAAGGAAUAGCUCAACAAAUGACAUUGAAUUUACACAAUGCACACAAAGGAACACUCACCAUUGAGUUACUAGCUGAGGAUUUUGGAAUAAUUCCAGAAAUUAAACCACCAACUCUGCCAACACAACAAUCUGUUCACAACAGAAGUGCCACUCAAUUGAAUUAUAAUCAUUCGAAUAUUAAUAAUUUUAACACACAACCUCCCACUCCUCCACCUCCACAAUACGAUAGCAGCAAUUCAUCUCCUCCUCCACCUCAAUACUAUUCGAAUAAUCAAUCAUCUGUAUCACCUCCUCAAUACCCAAUUCCUAAUCAACCUCCUCCUCAAAAUGAUAACUCAUUCAAUUCACAACCUCCUCCUCCCCAAUAUUCAGAUCAAUCUCAAUGUCAACCACCACCACCUCAAUAUUCAGAUCAAUCUCAAUAUCCAAAUCAAAAUUUUCAAGGGUAUCCACCAAUUGGUUAUUCUCAACCACCACCACCAAGUUAUCCACCACAAUAUAAUCAAUAA